AUGGCUGAAGAAGCCAAGAAAUUGACAACUGAAGAGGUUGUGGUGUCUAAUGUUUGUGUGACGGAGACACCCACGUCUGCCGUUGUAGAGAAGGAAGCUCCACCGCACCCAGAACUUGAGGCGGAGAAGGUUGAGAAGCCAGCGGCGGAAGAAGUGGUGGACGGUGAGAAAGAGGCGACGACGGUUGAAGAUGACAAGAUAGCUGAAUCGGCUUCGUUUAAGGAGGAGAGCAAUAAGAUUGAUGAUCUUAUUGACCCACAAAAGAAAGCCUUGGAUGAGUUCAAGCAGUUGAUUCAAGAGGUACGAAUUCACAGCUCCUCCGCCGGCCAAGGAGGAGGAAUCAAAAACCAAAGAGAAGAAAGAAGAAGAAUCAAAGCCUAA